CCGGGGUCGUGGAGGCGCACUGUUGAGAAGUCUCAUACUAUAAGGACGAAACGGCCGUCUAGUGCUUCCAGGUUUUCACUGAUGGCCUAGUUUAGAUAAACUCGUAGUUUCAACGGUGAAGGCGUCUUUGCAAUACACAAAUAAACUUUUGUUUAUGUACGAAGCUGGUAAAUCGAUUAAACUUGAAAAUGACCAAUACUUUAGGAAUAGAGAUUAUGGUUGCUUCUCUACGCUUGAAAUUCUUGGGUUCAGUCACCUAAAAUAAAAGACUGCCUUUGUUGUUGUAAACUGUUCCAAACUAAGUUUUCUAAUGUCUGCGACUGUUUGCAUUGCUAGCGGAUCUUAGUCAACCAACCAUUGUAAAUUAGGACUUACAGGUUUAUUAUUUUGUCCUAGCAUAGAAUUUUUUAUCUAUGAUCACUUACAACUCCAUCUGGGAUCGAACACUAGACUUUAAAGACUUUAAUCUAUUGGUCACAAUCGUUAAGCGUUCAUUGCUAGAUCUAAAGAUCAUGGAUUAGUCCGUAGACAGGACAUAGACACUUACUGCGAAGUAGUUUCAUGGAAGAUUAAUAAUCUAAGUCUGCUUACUUUUUUUUGAUGAUAUCACAACUAAGAUCAAUUUGUGACAAAUACAACAUAUUUAAAUGAUUUAUUUAUCACAUUGAAUUAUUGUAUGAUACAUUGUUUUCUGCUAUAUUUCAUAUUGUAUUCUAUCUCUAGUCAUUAUGUCCUUUUGAUGAUCAUCGUAAUUGGAUGACUACGUGUAAUUUAUAAUGUCUAUCUAUAUAAUACUACAUAAACUGGUAAUUAAAACGUAAAACUUGGGUGGAUAAUUUCAGUUGAAAUUAGUAUCCUAUCUUAUCAUACUCUAUCUAUCUAUUCCCAUGUGUGAUCGCUUAUACUAAAAAUAGAAGCUCUAACAUUUACUUUAUUUCUUAUGCUCUAAUAAUACGCAUGCAUUCGUCGUGCUUGAGGAUGAAUUAUGUUACCUUCUUAUCACUUUUAGCUAACUAACAAUGAUUUAUUAUACUAAUUAUUGAUACUCUUAUAAGAAUAUCCAAGUGAAUCAAUCAUGAUUUACUCUAUUGAUUUAUGUUGUUUUCUUUUAAUCUAGUAAAAUUACCCUUAUCUUAUUUCUCUAUAUCUAUGUUCUGUACUGUUUAUUUAUUCAGAUAAUUUUAAUGAAGAAGCAUCAUUUCUUGGUCAAUACUCUGAAGCUUCACCAGAAUUAUCAACUAUUGGCAUUUUUAAUACUACUACUAAUACUACUGCUACUACUACUACUACUAAUACUAGUGAUAAUUCUGAUCUAUUACAUCAUACUGCUGCUAUGUCUACUUCUCCUAACAACCAACCUAUUCAUUUUAUCACUCGUGAAAAUCAUCAAACUGCUGUGUAG